AUGCACCACGAACAACAACCCUCCAUGAUGAAACACCACCCCGCCGCUCCUGACCACGGCAACCACCACCCUGGCUCGGGCCCUGGCUCAGGCCCUAUGUGCUCCAUGGACAUGACUUUCAACUGGAACACCGAAAAUGUAUGCAUUGUCUUCAAAUCGUGGCGCAUCUCAUCAUACACCCAGCUCUUCUUGUCGGCCUUAUUCAUCUUCUGCUUCUCGUAUGGUGCCGAAUACUUGAAGUACUACGUCGGUGUACUAAACCAACGUCUCACGGGAUCGCUCACCAGACGCACCAGGAUCCAAGCUUCGCUAUGGUACGGUUUGCAGUAUACUAUCUCUAUUCUACUAAUGCUUAUCUAUAUGACCUAUAACGGGUAUCUCAUCGCCGCUGUGCUUCUAGGAGGCAUGCUGGGCCACUUCCACUGGUCGCAGUCGCCUGCGAUCCAGCUCCCACCGUGCCAUUAG